CAGACAGACAGCAUUCUAACCUACCCAGGGUUCAACAAGGGCUAAACCCAACCUCUAAUCAACUCUCAUCACUAUCGCUCUCUUAAGUACUGGUUAAGAUGUCGACCGCUAUGUAUCUGACACCAACUGUAUAUGCGACGAUGACUGAUGAUUAUGAUAUGGAUGAUGCUGCUGUCACCACCACAGAUGUGGACUAUGAUCUUACAACCAUGUGUGAAAGGGGCAAAGUGAGAGAAUUCCGGAAGCUAUAUGAGCCUCCGUUAUACUGCGUGAUUGUACUCCUGGGAGCCUUGGGCAACCUGUUGGUGAUCUGGAUGUACUUACACUUUAAGAGUCGUCUAAAGACGAUGACGGAUGUGUUUCUGCUGAACCUGGCCUUUGCUGACAUACUCUUUCUGGGGACUCUGCCCUUCUGGGCCGCUGAUGCCAUCCAGGGCUGGACCUUUGGCCUUGCCCUCUGUAAGGUGACAUCUGCUGUAUACAAAAUCAACUUCUUCAGUAGCAUGCUCCUGCUCACCUGCAUCAGCAUAGACCGCUACAUUGUCAUUGUCCAGACUACCAAGGCUCAGAACUCCAAAAAGAGGCACCUCAUGUGCAGUAAGCUAAUGUGUGUUUUUGUUUGGCUUCUGGCCAUAUUGCUGGCACUUCCAGAGUUAAUCUUUGCCCAAAACAAGGUAGACAUUGACCAAAACCAGUUCUGCACCAUGGUCUAUACGCCCAAUGAGAACAACCGCAUCAAAAUUAUGGUUCUGGCUCUUCAGAUCUGCAUGGGUUUCUGCGUACCCCUAUUCAUCAUGACCUUCUGCUAUGCUGUCAUCAUCCAUACCCUACUGAAGACAAAGAACUUUCAGAAACACAAAGCUCUUCGUGUCAUUUUUUCUGUGGUGGCAGUGUUUGUCCUCUCUCAGCUUCCAUACAACAGCAUGCUAGUCUUUGAGGCCACACAAGCAGCAAAUGUAACCGUAACAGACUGUGACCAACUCCAGAGCUUUGACAUCGUUACCCAGAUUAUGAAGAGUAUUGCCUACACGCACUGCUGUCUAAAUCCCUUCCUGUAUGCCUUUGUUGGAGUGCGUUUCCGUAGGGACGUAAUCAAGCUCCUCCGCUCUCAUGGUUGUGUGCGAUCUCCCAGCAAGCACAGUAAAAAGUCAAGCUCGUACCGAGCCUCUGUCAUGUCUGACACAGAAACCACCCAGGCUCUCUCACUGUAA